CGUGGGAGUGAGUGUGAGGGAAAGUGAGGGAGUGUGAGAGUCGGCUGGCUGAGAUAAAUCAACCUGCCUCCCGCCUCCUCCCUCUUCUCUCAAGCUCCUGUCGAAUGUCUCAUUCGCCUAACCUCCUCUAAAUCAGGUCCGAGACUUGAUUCCAUUUAACAGUCUACCUUUUCUCAUUCCUAGCUAGAGCUGGACCACUGGCACUUAUACUCACAGUUGCUGUGGAUCGGCUUCUCUUGCUCCUUUCUUCUUCUCCUUCUCCUGCCUUGCAUUGCUUUCGUCUCCCCCUUCCAUUUGAUAUCAACACUUGAGUGGAACCUCCUUGCCUCUAGACCACGACGCAGUGCAACGACUGCACCACCUCGCGAAAUUCCGAGGGUGAUCAGCAACUGUUCCCCUCCCCUCCACAAUGCCCAUGACGUUAGACCAUCGCGCUAGUAUCCCUUCGAGGGAGUCCUUCCAUGCCAACCACGAAGCUGGACAAGUACACAGGCUAUCUUAUAGAGCAUCGUCUUCCCUCUCCGAUGGCCCUCGAUCCGUCUUUGCAGACGAGGAUAACUACGACGACGACGACGACAUGCUUGACGAGUACUACGACGGUAUCAUUGGGGCCAAUCCCGAGAAGUCACAGGACUCGCAGGAUGCCUUACCACCGGCACUGCCGAACAAGAGCAACCUCCGAAACUCCCGCCUCCUCGAUGCCUUCACCGCCGCCACGCUAGAUUCCCAGAAGCCGACCACCUUGGCCCGGGCCGCGCCUCAAGAUGUCUACCUGUCGUCCGAAGAAGACGCCUCCUCCUCCGCCGACGAGUUUUCGGACUACGACUGGGAGUCAGAGAGUGAAGGUUCACCCGGCUCGCCUUCCAGGAGACACAGUCACGAGGACACCGCCAAGAUGGUAUCAGUCGUCUACGUCGGCAAGCCUUCCAUCAUCAACCUCAGCAGUGUCCGCAGGUCCGUCCCGCCCCAGCCGACCCAGCCGACCCAUGAACCGCCGCCGCCCCCGCGUGUGGUCCGCUCUUCGACAGAGCCUCUGACCUCCUCGAGGGCGUCCAUUUCCUCUACCUCCACCGGCAUCUCCGCCUCCGCCCACCCGCCCAGAUCAUCCAGUCGCCGGGGCAAUCUCCUCACCAAGCAGCCCCCGACAUUCCUCAGCAUCGACCCCUAUGCCGGCCAGACGUACCCGAACUCCAUGGAUGGACGCAGAUGCGACAUCGACACGCCCAUCACGCCCAAAGCACCGUCGGGCAUGUUGAAGAAGGGUCUCAGCAUCGUGCGGAAGCGCAGCAGACCGGCCCUGCGGGAAGCCGCCCACCGCGACAGCAUCUGUUCCACCAUCAGCAUUCAGAUCGACCGGAGUAAUACCGCCACGCCGAAUCCGGUGGAGUCCCAGUCACAACACCAAGUAAAUGCGACCAAGGCCGCCCAGAAGAGCGCCCGCAACUCCACCGUGGUGUACCCGCCAUCCCCCGGACAGCUCCUAAGCAGUGGCCGGGGUCGGAUCCUGAGCAGCUUCUCCAAGAGGAAGAGCCUCAAGCCAUGAGAGACCUACUAUCACGCAACACAUCGACUUGUUGACUUUGUCGGUCCAUUAUAUUUUUUCCUUGGGUGGGAGGGCAUAGUAAGGGUACUUGGGCAGACACUUCAGGUCUCAAAAGGGGGCAGUUGAGUUCGCCAGGCGUUGGGGGAAUAUUAACCGUGUAAUAAAGGACGGCUAAAGUGUUUUACGGCGUUUUGGGUUUACGGGGAGCAUUGGCCAAGACUGCCAUGGGGAUCAGGAUACCACGGGUAAUGGGUGGGGGGAGCAUAUAUGGCUUCUAUCAACCCCCCCCCUUUUUUU